UUGUACAGGAACGUCAGCGCGUGUCAAAACUGACCGAACAUGAAAUAUCUUCCGCUUCUUCUUCUUCUGCUCCUCAUCCUCCAGAACCACAAGGUCCAUUUGGACAGGAUUGAGACGAACCAGGAUUGUGCUUGGAGUUGCUCUGAGGGUCUACAGUGUAAACCCAAAGCUUACUCUCCACUGUCAGCAUUUCACUGCAGGAAUCAGCCUGUUAGCAGCGCCGUGUUCAAUAAUGUGAUGUUGUCUACUGUGUUGGCGUGUGAAGGGAGAAAAUGUUCACUCCAGCUUAAAAUCGCAACAUCAGUGAAUGCUACUGGUGAUAUUCGUGGAGUUUCAGUGUGUGCCGACUCUGCAGGGAUGAUAGGACAUUGCCAGAUUUACACCUUUGGCCAUGUUGGCAAAGGAAAAGCCACAGGAAAACAGGUUGAUGUGAAGUUUAAAUGUGUUCCUGUUAGACCUGGACAGCUUGUGUUUGUGACUCUCAAAACCAUUCCCAACUACUGUAAGGCCACGUGGACACAAAGACACCUGGUUCCUGAAUGCAGUCAUGAAGGUAUCAGAGAUGAAUUGGCAGAGUGCAUCACUGGGAAGCUGGCGUACACUGUAGAUAAAGCCAGGAAUGCGUUAACAGUGAAAGUGACUGAUGCUCCAGAGGACACAGACUACAACCUCAGGCUCUGCCAUAAACGUAAUGUCAUCUGUGCCGGGGAAGGGGCUCAUAUGAAGAUAAAACCACAACAUCUACAGAGUAGCAUAAUGCUUCAUUAUUCCAAACCAUUACCCUGUUUGUGCAUUGAGGGUUGGCCUGCUAGAGUAGAUGCAAGGAGAGUUCAAGUGUGUCCAUUCAAAAACAAUUUAGAAGAACUGUGGUCGGGGAUAACCUAUGACUUCAAUAAGGAAGAGUUGAUAUGGGAGCCGCAGUGUCCAGUCAAAGUGUCAGUUUCUCUGUGCCAUGCUGAUGGAGGGAAAAGCUGUCAAGACAUUGGAAAUGUUUUCCAUUCAGAGGGACAAAAAGUGAUAUUCUCUUCCGUGGAUCCACACCCAAUGCUUUGCACAAAGUUUACCACUGAAGUGGGGACAUGGAUAAAGUGUCCUUUUGCCAAAGGAAAUUUCUCAGUCUGGACAGCAAAGAUUACAUCAAAAGAUGGUCAGCAGUGGGCAGAGAUUUCAACAUGGGUCAAAGCCAGCUUCUCCGUUUCUGUCUGUGAGAUGAAAGCCUUGUCUCAGUGUAAACGAAUCGAGGGAAACAAGUUCCAAAAUCUUUCUGUGGACAAAAUGAAGCACACAGUUUUCAACUUGUCUAAACGUUCGUGCGAAGUGUGCGUCUGCAUCCAGGUAUGGCAACAAAUGAAAGCAACAUUAGUUAUGCCACUUGUGAUAGCAAAUUGGUGCCGUGACCCAGAGAGAAGUCAGGACAUUGAGAAGAUUUUAUUGCCUGCUGUCAUAUUUCUGACCGUGAUCCUGGCAGCUGUCUUGUUUGGUAGAAUAACAAUAAAAGAUGGGGACAAGAAGAGAACACCAUGGACGAAACUCACAUGUCUGAGGAUGAAUCAGUGACACAUGCCUUCUCAGCAAGAGGAUGUAGAUUGUAGGACAGUUCUCAAUAAAGCAUGCAUGUCUAAUCUUUUUUUUUUUUUACUGUAAGACUGAAGCUUAACAUAAUACUUGUUUAUGUCUUGCCUGAUGCACACAUGACAAGUUGUAACAUCUGAAAAAUGUAUCUAAAUGCAUUGUUUUUUUAUGCAUAAUGCAACUGCUGCUUUACGAUUUUAUAACACGCAAUGUAUUAACAUGCCCACAGAAUUUGAAGCAUUUGAAUAUAAAACUUUUGUAUGCAAGUCAAUAUAAGACUGAAU